AUGUCAACCUCUUCGGGCGUUCCCGAGUCCUGGAUCUCGAGUUUCUGCUCCCUUCUUGGCCAUGAGUACUUCGCCGAGGUCUCGGAGGAGUUUAUCGAAGAUGACUUCAACCUGACUGGUUUGCAAACCCAAGUUGCCAUGUAUAAAGAAGCGUUGGAGAUGAUCUUGGACGUUGAGCCAGAGGAUGAUGAGGACGAGGAGGAGGAAGAAGAGGAAGAGGAUGAAAACGACUCCGACCCAGAACGCCUGACCAGGGCAUCCAGCGAACGGAGGCACCACCGCAUGGCCAGCGACUUGUCUGUCAUCGAAUCCUCAGCUGAAAUGCUCUACGGCCUUAUCCAUCAGCGCUUUAUUUGCUCCAGGGCGGGAAUACAGCAAAUGAGCGAGAAAUAUGAGCUUGGCCACUUUGGCUGCUGUCCCCGGACGAACUGUGACCAGGCCCGCACUCUACCUGUCGGUCUUUCUGAUAUCCCUGGCGAGGACACAGUCAAACUAUUCUGCCCAUCUUGUUUAGAUGUCUAUGUUCCCCCUAAUAGCCGCUUCCAGACCGUCGACGGUGCCUUCUUCGGCCGCACCUUUGGAUCUCUUUUCCUCCUCACUUUCCCCGAAUAUGACUUGACCAAGCGUGGGAUUGAGGUGCUCUCCAGCAGUGGUCCUCGCGUCAACGAAGGUGACGGCCUUAUGAAUGGCAUGUAUGCUAAGAACAUUGGCCCUGGCUUAGGUCGCGAACGCAUAUACGAACCUCGAAUCUACGGAUUCCGUGUUUCUGAGAGAGCCAGGUCCGGCCCUAGAAUGCAGUGGCUUCGUGAGCGGCCGACAGAUAUCAAUGAGCUUGACGAAGCUCGCCUUUACGCAGAGCAGAACCCAGACUCAGAAGACGAUGACGAGAGCGGUGGUCAAGUUGGCAUGAAUGGUAGAGUCAUGGUUCGUCGACGCCCACCUGGAAACGCCCGCCUUCGCCAGCGACAAACCCAAAAUGGCAGCCCCAUGGCCAUGUCCACAAACGGAGCUGAAUCGGAGCUGUGAUUUCACGCGACCAAUCUCAAAACGUUUUGGGUUUACGACUCCAGCCAUUGCUUAUGUCGGGAAUAUUGGUAUGGACGGCGAAAGCCUGCCACAAUACAUCCCGGUACUGAAAUGAUUGGGUUUUGGCGAUACAGUUUAAGGGGAGCCUAGGAAACAAAUGUAGACACACUUUGAGAGAGUUAUUAGGAGGAGCAGAACAAGGGCAUGCCAUGCGGGAGUGGAAUGGCACCAUUGGGUUUUGCAAUUAAUGCAUAGACGGCGUUGAACGUUCGAGGUAGGCAAUGGAAAAUACA